AUGUCUUUGGAAGAGAUUCAUGAGACAGAGAAGUCUGUGGAAUGGAGCGUUCCUGUGAAGCCCUUGCUGAGCAGGAACGUCGUGGCAGAAAGUCCACUGGAGAUCAAGCAGGUGUAUAAACUGCUGCAGUGCGUAAACCAGAAAAAUAAAGAGCGGGUGGAGAAGAUGGUGCGUUUGGGCGUCCCAGGUCUGAUCAACCUGACAGAGCCGAAAGAGGGGACCAGCGCCCUGCACCUGGUCUCCGUGGCCAACGAUCUGGACAUGGCUCGUCUCCUCCUGUCUCUGAAAGCUCAUCCUGAUAUCCAGGACAAAAGGGGACGGACUGCAAUGAUGCUCGCUGCAGAACUCGGUCAAGUCCGCAUGGUAGAGCUUCUGGCCAAUAAUAAAGCCAGCAUGACUUUAGUGGACAAAGAGGGCAAGGGGCUGCUGUUUUACUGCAUUGGCCCAACGAAAAUGCACGCACAAAUCCUGGAGAUGGCAGUUAACAUGGACGCAGAUGUUAAGAACAUCUCCUACGCAGGGAAAUCUGUGUUCAUGUUCGCCUGUGAAAAAGCAAAAGAGUGUGAGAACCUCUGCGUGCGGCUUUUAGAGAGAGGAGCCGAUCCCAACGCCGCUGAUCCGGUGACGGGGUGCACGGCUCUGAUGGCGGCGGUGAGAGCCGGAUCUGUUGCGUUGGUCAGAGCGAUCCUGAACACAGGAGGAAACCCGAACACAGUGGACAGAAUGCGACUGCACGCUGCUCACAUUGCAGCGGCCAAAGGCUUCUUCGAGGUGCUGAGGAUGCUGUCAGGAUACUCGGCUGAUUUCAACCUGACGUCAUUGCUUGGAAAUACAGCAAUGCAUGCAGCUGCAGCUGGAGGCCACGCUGAGUGCUGCAGGUUUCUGUUUCAGAGAGGAUGCAGUGUGAUGAAGAAGAACCAGCAGGAAUUACUUCCAAGUCAGAUUGCUAAAAAAAACGGCCACAAAGCUGCUCUAAAGGAGCUAAAAGAGGCAGAACAAGCUAUGAACUCUGGAAAACUACCUUCCGUCACUGAAGCCAGGCUACACGAUUGGUCAUAUGAGCAUGAGGCAGAGCUGAGGCAGGCCUUCCAACCUGCUGAGGAGGCAGACGCUCCUGUGGACUCUGUGUCAAAGGAGACGUUUGUGUCCGUCCUGCAGGCGCAUCACGCUCCUAUAGAUGACGACAGUCUGAAAACUGUCAUCAGCUUGCUGGAUAGGAAUUGCUGGGGCAAAGUUAACAUCAAUGACUUCUUCAUGGGGAGUAAGUUCCUGCCGAACAAAUAUGAGCUUUCUUCCUAUAAGCCUACGACGUUGACGACAGGCAGGACGGAUAAGAUGGAGGCAAAGACAGACGGGUGCCCUCAGACGGGUGACGUCGUUCCAGAUAUGAUGAAAAAAAUUGACGGCAUCCUGCAGUACUUGAGUAAACGCUUUGAGCCGUUUACUGAUACCAGUCGGCAGGCGGCUGACCGUACAGAAGACCCUUCUUUGUACUUUGAUGAGCCCAAGGAAAUUUACAUCAACGCCAGCCUAUGUGUGAGAAGAAACGACUUUGAGUCACUGAGCUUAGCGUUUAGCCAGCAUGUCCCUGUGGACAUUAGGGAUCAUUUUUACAAAACGCCACUCAUGACUGCCUGCAUCAUUGGGAACUACCAGAUGGCUCGCUUCCUCAUCUCACAUGGGGCGAAUGUGAACAUGUAUGAUCAGUUUCAAUGGACUGCUCUACAUCACGCCUGCUUCGCCGGACACGCGGAUAUCGUCAAACUCUUACUGGAGCACAGUGCUGUUGUAGAUGCUACGACCUCAAACGGAGUGACGCCGCUAAUGAGGGCCAUCCAAAGCUGCAAAUUCAACUGCGUGGAUCAGCUCGUGAAUUCCGGCGCGAACAUUGAGGCCAUAAACAAACACGGACAAAACUGUUUGGUCCUCGCCCAGAUGUAUGGAACUAGGGAAAUCUGCGAUUUUGUCGAAAUUGAGUUAGAGCGUACAAAGCUCAGCCAGGCAAAGGGAUCAGGAAAAGAAAAGAUUCUGACACCAGCACCUCCUGCAGCUAAGGAGGGUGUGACAGAAAAGACAAAGAAGAGCGCAGGCCAAAGAAGACGCAUAAUAGCUUUAAAUCCACACACUACAGACCACUGCAUUACCCUCCCCUCUACAACCUUUUGGGGGAAGGAGGUUGUAUCGACCCCUCAGCUUGAGCAGAGGCAAGCAGACAGGAAAAACCAUUUCACAAAUGAGGACAAGAUGAAGAUCUCAGAAGACAAACCCAUUAGUGCAAACACAGCGAGGAAUCCGAGGCAGAAGGGCGCGACCAGCAAUCGUUAA